AUGACAAGAUCCGGGUCGAACACCCACAACUCGCAGGGUUCACGCAACACACGUGACCUCUCCCUCACCAACCACCCCAACGGGACCACGACAAGUCGGCAGACCGUGCCCAUAAUGGCAGGAGGGGACCUCAGAGAUCUGAUCAAUGGGAGUCGGCGGGGGACAGCGGAGGACCUCCGAGGGCGGCUCACCAACAAUCGCCCGCUCAGCGGGACGGCGCCACCCGUCCCACCACCAAUCCUGACUCCCCAAGAGGAGGCCGCCGCACUCGAGCAGGCGGCGACCGCGCUCAACCGCGUCACGGCGGGGGUGCGACGUGGUGCCCUGACACUUCCACCUCCACCUCCACCUCCAACUCCACCUCCGCCCCCUCCGAGGGUGCGCAGUGGCCCCAGCACUCACGCGCCCCGGGCACCCGCAACGUUGGUCGAUGGGGAAGUCAACUCACCGCGACCAUCUGAGAGACGAGACGGAGCGGAGGCCAGCCGAGGCCGGCACGAGCAACGGGAGGAGAGGUGGACUCGGCCAACCCGAACCACAUUCGCGCUCGGGUGGUUGGGCCCGGGGGUGCUGGCACAAGACCGCCUAGGGCCGAGGUCGGCCACCAACACCAGACAGGCGGAGUCGUAG